CCCGUGUAAUCUUCAAGACCCCGAGAGCAAUCAUGUCCAUUGCGGAAUGGGACAACGAAUACGCUCGCUUGGCUCGGUCGGCAAGCCAAAUGCGGACCAAAGGCAUCGCAAUCUCUGCCAGCGAUGCCCGAACGUUGCAAUCCGGUUUGCAACGAUUGGAAGUGAGUUUGGAUAAUCUACCGUUAGCCGCGGGUGAAAUUCAGCGACGCAAGCGCUUGGUUCAGCAUCUACAACAGACGAGCCUUCCUAAUGGAAAAAAUUCAGGAAGUGGAGGUCAGCAGCAGUCACAAAUGUCGAUGGCUAUGCAGCAGCAAGAUGCUAUGAUCGAUGAGCUUGCGGUAGGUGUUGGUCGCCUCAAAAAUCAAACGGUUAACAUUCACGACGAAGCCAGACUUCACGUCAACUUGCUGAAUGGUAUGGAAACAAACUUAGACGAGGCUCAUGCUGGCUUGGAAGACGAGACUCGAAGAGCUGCUCGACUGCGUGAGGACCAAAGUGUGUGGCGCCUCCAGCUCAUAGUAGCGGGUCUGUCGGUGUUGCUUGUCUUAUUGAUUGUGAUGGGACUUUCCCCUUAG